GUGUGGGAACGGGAAACCAGAAGGUCCAGUGUCUGACUGCAAGCGGGAGGAGGCUCCAUGGUGGUGGCGGCGGUGGACAGAGAAACGAAGAUGUCAGGAUACUUUCCGGAGGAGGGGAGGGGACUGGGGAUGGUUGUGAAUGAAAUGCAACAAGAUGGGGGCGCAUAUAAGAGGCAGGCAGUUGAAGAUAAAGUAGAGACGAUAUAGGAAGAGAAUGGCGAGACCCUUUAGUGCAGAGUGCGGGGAUGACAUAAAAGAUCCAUGAGUGGAAAGUGGGGAACUGGGUUAGUGGGACUCUGGGCAAGAAUCUAGGGAGGAAACUCGAGGCCACGACAACUGUGGAGAUUUGGGAGGUCCUGAGGAGGAUCUAGUCGGGUGGAGAUCUCCCACCCCCAAGGUGUUGUGGGACCUGAGGGAGAGGAUUAAGCCAGAGCUUGAGUAGAGCUCUGAGAAGGAGGGAAAGGUAGAUUGGAGGCCACCAGGGCCUGGAAUGGAAAGCUAGAGAGGUCCUAAGCUAAAAGGAGAGAAAUGGACUUGGAGAUGGAUUGUGGCGGGUGGCAGUGGACGCAGGGAAUCCGAAGGAUGUCCGAGGUCCUGACCUGAGACUGGUGGAGCUGGGUGUUGCCAAGCCCUGGUGGAGGAAAUCCAGAGAUGGGAACUGGAGUCAGUUUUCACUUUGUAGGAAGCUGCCGCUCCAGAUGCUGCUGCUGCCGCCGCGGCCACCUCACCCUCGGUCCUCCUCCCCGGAGGUCAUGGACCCACCGCCCCCAAAAACUCCCCCAUUUCCCAAGGCGGAAGGCCCCUCCUCCACUUCUUCCUCGGUGGCAGGGCCGCGGCCACCGCGGCUGGGCCGCCACCUACUCAUCGACGCCAACGGGGUCCCCUACACGUACACCGUGCAGCUGGAGGAGGAACCUCGGGGCCCGCCGCAGCGCGAGGCGACCCCGGGAGAGCCAAGUCCUCGCAAGGGCUACAGCUGCCCAGAGUGCGCUCGUGUCUUUGCCAGCCCUCUACGGCUGCAGAGCCACCGUGUGUCGCACUCGGACCUCAAGCCCUUUACGUGUGGUGCUUGUGGCAAAGCCUUUAAGCGCUCCAGCCACCUGUCGCGGCACCGCGCCACUCAUCGCGCGCGCGCUGGCCCACCGCACAGCUGCCCGCUCUGUCCACGCCGCUUCCAGGACGCCGCGGAGCUGGCGCAGCACGUGCGCCUGCACUGAGCUUGGCCCUGCUAUCUCUGGGCCACCACGUCUGACCCACACAGCGUCACUGCCUUACCCUAGGCCUCAGUUUCCCCACCUAUCCCCCAAAGAGAAACAUUUUUGUCUUUUCUCCCGUCUAGCUGUGUGAUGUAGACCAAAGUUGUUGCCUCUCUGGGCCUGGGUGUCAAUUGGAACUGGGCUUCAGUCUGGCUGUGCUGUGUAAGCCUUUACAACUGACGCGACCUCUCCUGAGUCUUGGUUUUCUACUUUUCCCAAGUGAUGAGGUCCUUGUGGAAGACAUGACAAAAGCACCGGCACUGCCUGGAUCAUCUCUGUACUUCCCCGUAUUGCCCAUGACCCCUCAUUCUUUGCCCAAUAAACAUU